UUUUAAGAAAAUUAUCUUAUAUUGAAGAUAAAAUUUUAAAGUUUGAAAAAGAUGCAAAAGAUUGGGUUAGAACUUUUUGCCAACCCACUAUAGGUCAAAUGAAUUCUGCAGCAACAAUCCUAGAACUUUAUAGAAAAAAAGAUUAG